AGCCCCAGCCGGGCGGACGCGCGAGGGCGAGCGCCCGGCUCCACGCUGCCCUGCGCCCGGCGCGCCGCGCUCCCUCCUGCCCACCCGGCGCCCGCGGCGGGGAGUCCACGCGAGUUUGCCCCGGAGCGCGGGGAAGUUUCCUGCCGAAGCUCCGCUCCUGGAAACGCAGUACCUGCCGGCGCCCGCUCGCGAGGUUACUUCAUGGAAGGAGCCCUUAUGAGAACAAGAAAGGAUUGAAGCUCUAUGGAAAACAAAUCAUGUGGUCUUCAGAAGUGAGGAGAAAUGCAGCCAUCUGAAAUGGUCAUGAACCCCAAACAAGUCUUCCUCUCGGUGCUGAUAUUUGGAGUAGCGGGGCUACUCCUCUUCAUGUAUUUGCAAGUCUGGAUUGAAGAACAACAUACAGGGAGAGUGGAGAAGAAAAGAGAACAAAAAGCAACUUCAGGAUGGGGGCCAGUAAAUUACUUGCAGCCUAUACCCAGAAUCAUGACUAGAGAAAAAAUCCAGGAACAUAUCACCGACCAGCACCCCAAGUUCCACAUACCUGAUGAUCCCAAGGGAAAAAAGGAAAAUUUAAACUCUGAGAGGCCUACUAGGGUCUUAACAGAGACCAGCCACUCACAAGGAGAGAAUCAAUCUUUGGGUAAGACCACAGGGUCACCAACAAUUAAGUUGAUUGAAAAACAUCAGGGAACUAAGACCCUUUUCAAGAAGCUCAAUGAAAUGAAUUGGCCAUUGGACAUUCGCCCUUUAAACAAAAGUUUAGUCAAAGACAACAGAUGGAAGAAAACUGAUGAGACCCAAGAGAAACGCAGGUCUUUCCUACAGGAGUUUUGCAAGAAAUACGGGGGAGUGAGUCAUCCUCAAUCACAUCUUUUUCAUAUGGUAUCCAGGAUCUAUGUAGAAGAUAAGCACAGAAUCUUAUAUUGCGAAGUACCCAAGGCUGGCUGUUCCAACUGGAAAAGAAUUCUGAUGGUACUAAAUGGAUUGGCUCCCUCUACAUACAACAUCUCCCAUGAUGCUGUUCACUAUGGGAAGCAUUUGAAAAAGCUAGAUAGCUUCGACUUAAAAGGGAUAUAUACUCGUUUGAAUACCUACACCAAAGCUGUGUUUGUUCGUGAUCCCAUGGAAAGAUUAGUGUCAGCAUUUAGGGACAAAUUUGAACACCCCAAUAGUUAUUACCAUCCAGUAUUUGGGAAGGCAAUUAUAAAGAAAUAUAGACCAAAUGCCUGUGAAGAAGCGUUAAAUAAUGGAUCUGGAGUCAAAUUCAAAGAGUUUGUCCACUACUUGCUGGAUUCCCACCGUCCAGUAGGAAUGGACAUUCACUGGGAAAAGGUCAGCAAACUCUGCUAUCCGUGUUUGAUCAACUAUGAUUUUGUAGGGAAAUUUGAAACUUUGGAAGAAGAUGCCAAUUACUUUUUACAGCUGAUUGGUGCUCCAAAAGAGCUGAAAUUUCCAAACUUUAAGGAUAGGCACUCUUCUGAUGAAAGAACCAAUGCUCAGGUCGUGAGACAGUAUUUAAAGGAUCUGACUAGAACUGAGAGACAAUUAAUCUAUGACUUUUAUUACUUGGACUAUUUGAUGUUUAAUUAUACAACUCCAUUUUCAUAGUUUGCAUUUAUUUUCUAAAACCCUAUGUUUACUUUAUGAUGAUGGCCUCAAAUCAGCUAACUGUAACUUGCCUAUAAUUCUCUGUAUGAGAGAAAUUUAACUAAGUGCAGUUGUCUUGAUGUAAUGAAGAUUUUUGCCAAAUAGUAAGACAGCAAUUGGCACAAAGUUAUAGGAAAAUUACCUAACAGAGUCAUGUAAACAACUUGAGUUGCUCUAAAAUCAUUGGAACAGAGCUGCUUUUGCAUUAUGGAUUAUAUUAUAGAAGCAAUAACCUAGCCAGCUGCUACAUUAGCUACAACAGCCUCUUGCAAUGGUAGGAGAAGGGUAAAAUAGCAUGAGGGUAUGUCUACAUUCUGGAAUUUGUUGUCUAAAGUGCAUGGAUAUAUUUUUAGCAGUCUGUGGCGUAUUAAUCAAACAUUGGAUAGUUUUCUUAAACCCUGGAAAUCUUUCUACCAACUGUAAUGAUAAAUCAGUUUUGAAAUGAUAUUUUGGACCUAGGCAUUUUACUUUAGAUUGGAAGACAUUAUGUGAUUUACAACAUGAGAAUAUAGCAGAAAAACCGGAUGAGGCUAUGGCCUUUUAUAUUCAACAGCCAAUAAAAAAUGCACAACAUGCUAAGAUCAAAGCAACAAAAGCAACCUUCCUCUUCCAGAAAAACAUAAGGGAAUUGAUUCUGCUUUCUUUUGAGCCUUCUAUGCAGAGCAAAAUGAACACCAACACUAAAGGUCUUCGCUUCUGAAGCAGGCGGUUAAGAAGUUUAAGCCUCAUCAGAUAUAAAUGUGCUCCUAAUUCUGGUUUAAUUGGGCAGGGGGGAAAUUGUUUCAGGAUGGAAUAAUCAUCAAAAACAAAAGUUGCCACUCUGAAUAUAGACCUCAAACAAUAACAAAGUUUUAUAAGAAUAUUAUUUGAAUCAAAGCAUCAUGUGCAUAGCUUUGUAUGUGGAAUAUUCUCUAAGAAUAGCUUGUUUUCAGUCUAAUUAUUCAGCUUGGGAAUGACUUUUUAAAAACUAAUACACCACUUCAAAGAUAGGUUAUGUUCUAGAGAAUAAACUUAACAAGAGCCCCUAAGAAACAUUUUUUAAUAGGCUUAUGCAUAAACAAAUUAAGUAUUUUCUUUUUAAGUUUAAAUAUUCUAUACUAGCAGAGUCAAAUACCAUUGCAUUCCAAUAUUCAAUCAAAGUCUUUGGAAAAUAGGACCAUGUGUCACCCCUGUGAAAAGUUAUACUGCAUUUUGGAAAUUUUUUCCCAGGGAUCCUACAUUAGAAGACACAUUUGGAUGGGAAACUUAUUUUAAUUGGCCGACUGUUACCCUGAGUUAAGCAAACCACUGUUUAAACGCAUUUAUUGAACAUGUUCCACUUCCUAAACCAUUUUUUUCUUGUCAGUAAAUAUUAAGUAAUAUCUUUCAAAGAAAAGUAGGUAUUAAUAUUUUAAUAUGAAUAGACCAAGAUAGUUACAGUUGUACAUAUUGCUUUUUGAUUUUCCAUUUCAUGGCUGAGUAUCCAUGAAUUGCUUCACUCUUUACACACACCUGCACUGUCCUAGCUGUGUCUCCCAAGGAGUGGAACUGCACUGGGCUGCCAGAUCAUAAGUGUUAAACCCUCUGACCACCUUUUACUACUUUUCCACUCCAUUUGUUCUUACCUCUAGACCAAACACUUAAGCUGUGCUCUCUGUUUUUCAGGAGUUUUACUCUAAGGUAAUCUAAAUUGUAUAAUUUAAAUUUUGCUAUACCAUGUAGAGUGGAUUCCUAGUCACUUAGAGACAUUGAAAUUUAUCUUUUUAUGGAGAGAGAGAGAGAUAAUAGAAAAUAUGCGAAGAAGCCUGAAAUUUUAUUCCUAAACUACACAAAACUAGUUUUAGAUGGGAUCUGCUAUAAAAGAUAGAGGUAAUUUUCUCAAAGUUAUUGCUAAAACCACAUAAGGAACAAACAAAAAAAUGCUUUCUUUUCAUAACUUUGGAAACAAAAAAAAAAUGGAAACAAGGGUCCUAUCUCUCUUAUUAGCAUUUCUUACAUACUGGAGAGGAUGGUAUAGGUAUGAACAAACAUAUAUAUAAAUAUAUGAAUCUAUGACUGUUGGUGGCAUUGGUGGUGGAGAAGACGGGGGAGAGGAAGAAAAUGAUGCACAAUGCUCUCUAUUAUCAAAGCUGUUCUAUACCUUUUGCUGUAUAUGCUCCUUUCCUGACCCUUUCCACCGAGCCUGUGUAGCCACAGGUGGCCCUUCAGUCAUUCUUUUCCUAAAUGGACUCUCUGAUACCAGCUGACAUCCUGUGUGGUUGUGAGUUCCAGAGGCCAUGUGUGUUUUUAUGAAGGAAGAACAUGUUUAUUAUGUACCUACUCUUCCUUUUAAAUGACUUCUUUUCAUGUUAAGACCAAAGAAGCCAGGCAUCAUUGUGGAUUCCCUGUGACUUUAAUUACUUCUUCCAUUUAUCUCCCCUGAAUUAUUCUGCUUGGCAGACCAGCUCACGUUCACCUUUGUCAUUUCUGCCUGUGUAUAAACCCCAGGUGUGAGCAUCCCUGCUCCUUUGGACAGUCACAAUUUCUUGGGUUUAGUUUCCUAAAGGCAAGUGACCAAAUCUAGACUCUUCUUCCAGAUGUCCAAAGUUCCCGUUUUAACAUUAGCAUGCUUUAGGUGUAAUUAUAAAUUCUCUAAUUAAACCCUAAGGAUCUUAUUUGUUUUCAUAGGCAGGCAUAGCACACUGGGCAGGCACCUUCACUCUGUUAUUCCCCUAUCUGGAGUUACUAUUAGAGUGGAAAGUUGGCAAUUAAAUUCAAAACCAGUUAUUUAACCUGGUAAACUACCUAUCAAUAUGCCUUGCUGAUGUGAUCGUGCCCAGAAACUGCCACAAACUUCAACGGAAAUGUAUGUAUAGGACACUCAACUUUCUGAUUUUCUCACAUGUGUUGGGAAAUAUCCAUUAAGUCAAUGGAUAUAUGGGGCCACUUGCUACAUUCUCCAACUUCGUGAUCUAUAAAAUAUUAUCUAGCAAUUCAAGAACUACUUGUACACCAUUUAUAAUUAGAAAGAGGAAAAAAGACUUUUAUGCUUUAUUCAUGAAUAAUUAUUCUUCAAAAAGAUAUUAUUUCCUAAAAUACAUAUUGUUUAGCUGAAGGGAAUAUAUAAGCAAAUGCCUAGAAUUUUGACUAUUAGCGUUCCCUUUGAAAAUAUCACUUGCAGAAAUAGUAGAACUUGGAAUUAGUCGGUUGGGGCUACAGUAAACAUUUCCCUACUGUAAGUUCUCAUUUGCCCUCUUGGGGCAUCUUUAGAUUCUGAAACUUUGUGUUAUACCACUACCAAACUCUCUUCUUAGAAUAUUACAAACUUAAAUAUUUACUUUUGCUUUCUAUUACGUAUAUUCAAAAUAACUAAGGGCAAGAAAUAUAUAUUGGCAUCUUGAAACUUUAUUCGUACAAAUAUGGAUAUAGUUACCUCAUUUCAAAUCAGCUUACCCCUUUAUUCCUGCAGAGUUAAACUGACAGAUUCAAAGACUGACAGAUUCAAAGAUUUUGUUAGAAAUUAGGCUUCCUUCCUCCUCCUUUUUUUAAAUUCCCAGUCAAUCAUGGGACACAAUGUUUUUAAAAGAGAAAAAAGUCCCUGGAACAAUUUAGUCUAACAGAAAUAAAAUAUCAUUUUGACAAGAAAGUCCAGACAACUACAGGAGUGGGCAAGGUUAAGGGGAACAUAGUCCAAGAAGGAGAGAAUCCAGCCAGUUUUCCACACAUAGGCACUUGAUAGCCACUGAAGAUGGCCGUGGCUCAGCAAGCCAGCCAGAGUAAAGGCUCCAUAUCUACAUUAGAAACUAAGCGGUGGUGCAUGGUCUCUUUUUCCUCAGUUCCCAUCCUCAGUUUAGUUGUUAGAUAACCCUAAGCGGACUCAGGAAGACAAUAUAGAAAAGAAUAGAGGAACAAGUUAACUUAAACCAACUGAAAAACACCAUGAAAAACAUCAGGAUAAAUAAGUGCUCAGCUAGACGACAGCAGACUUUUCCUAGGCCUGUGGGACACUCUACCUGAGGAAGGCCGAGUCUGAGGAGUGGAAGGGUGUUGCCUCACAUCAGUUAGUUCUCAGAAUUGCCAGGUCACUCCCUUAGUUCUUCACCAAGAUCAUAUCCUUCUAGGCAUAGUCAAAUCCAUUUACGCAAUAAUUUUUUCCCAUCUCUAAGCCUCUGCUCAAGUCUUCACUCUAUUUGAAAUAGUCUCUUCUUUAUAUAUCUAGGCAUUCAUUUCAUGUUAACUCACCAAGGAAUCUCUUCAGAUUAUUCAGUUUUGAAAUCUCAUCACUUCAUGAGUUUUCUGAUCAAUGGAAAAAGGCACAAUGGUUUUCCCCUGAUAUGACAUGUAUCAGAUUCUUCUCUUACCAAUAAAUGCAGGCAUUCUUUUGUUUCCUUCUUUUUGCUUCAUUAAUAUUUUUUCAUUUGCUAUAUCCCUAUUCAUAUGAAUAUAAAAUCUCUGUUGUCAUUGGAAUAUGUUUUAGGUCUUCCAAGAGGAAAGGUACUGUGUCUGUUUCAUUCACUUUGCACCAUUUCUAGCAAAGCACUGCAUGGAAAGAAAGAGUUACUUUAAUAAAUGCUUUUGGUGAUGUAGUUUAAAUGUUCCUCUACAGCUUCUCUUAGUGUAUAAUAUGUAUAUUUCUGCCAUAGGACUUUCAGGCACUUAUAGGCUCAGUGGAUCUAAAGAGAAGGCACUAGGGCAGGGAAAUUGGGAGAAGUGAUCUAAGUCACAUGCCUUUUCUAUACUAACAGUCACACCUUAACCUAAAGUACAGCUGUGUUAUAAGAUGAUGUAUUUGUUUAUUAAGUUUUGGAAGGAAAGGUUGAAAAAAUGCAUGAGUCUGGUCAAUAUGAGAGCCAUUUACUGAGCAUCUGCUAGGUAGCAGACACUGGAAAAAUACUUUAUGUACAUUGAUUUAAUGACAUGGAUAGUAUGUCUAAACCUUUUGCAAAAGAAUAAAAGUUAGAUAUUAUUCCACCCAUCAUUUUAUGAAUGAGAAAACUGAGGGUCAGAGAGGUUUAGUGAAUAGCCCCAGAGUCAGCUUCCUGCCUAGGUCUCUCUGGCUCCAAAGCUGAGACCACACCCGGCAGCCUAUGGGCCAUAUCUGGCCACAGAUAUGUUUGAUUUGGCCUACAAUGCAUGUUAUUUCAUAUUUGAAUUAGUUGUCAAUAUUUUAAACUUGGAACUCUUUCAUCAAUGAUAGGGAAUUUCUGUUACCCUGCAUCCUACAUGUCUACCUGAAAAUAAUUGGGCAGAAUUGAGGUCAGCCCUUUUAGAGAAGCCAGAGAUCUCUCGUUCAUGCUCUCCACCUAGUCAUCACCACUCACCUACCUUACCUGGCUGGCCCCUAAAUGUCCUACUUUUCAACUCCUGCUCUGAAGUGUGUGUUCUUUCAUCCACUAUGCUUCCAACGGAAAAGCAAUUCCUGCACAUUUUCUUGGACCAUAUUUGUGUUGUGCGAUUUGUGAGGUCGUCACAUUCUGGGUUUGCUUAUCCUCAAUCAAAAUGCUACUUGUCCUUUGGUCUUACACCCAGUGGGAUCACCAAACAAUAUUUCGUUGUUUGAGGAAAUCUCUUUUGACCAACAACAAAGAUGUUGGGAGAAAUCCAGUACCUUUCUUUGGCAUCCUUCUGUCUUAGCCACUGGAUCCCCCUGGCAACAACAUUCCUUCCCCUCCCCUUCAGCAGAGAUGACUCAUUCUCCCAUGCCCUUGGAACCUCAAUGUCUAGGGACAAAAACUGGUUCCCACUGAUGCAUCCAGAGUGCUAUUCCAUAACUUUCCUUCAAAAACUCCUCAUGUUUUGAAGGUGUACCUGCCCUUCCUCAACUCUGAAAAUUGCCUAUUUCUCACCUUCUUCUGAGGAUUUCCCUAUCUGGCUCCUAACACUCCUGUCUACCUCAUUUCUGCUAUUAUCCUGGGUGACUUUAGCAAUCCCAGGAACAUUCUACUGUCUUUGCUUCUAACCUAACCUAGUUCUCAAACCUCCUGCUUCUCCCACUUCAACAUUUGGAGAGCUGGAGAAAACAGAAACACAGCCAUGGGAAGUGAUAACCAUGACUCUUGUCCCCCAAAGAGCAGAAAACCUGUGACAAACUACAUCGUACUUCAUUUUAUCCAUUCAUUUGCUCAAAAUAUUUUCAAAGUUUAGAAAAAUGUUCUUCAGAAAUAUUAUGAACUCAAAUGUACUCAGAAUGCUACAGUAUCUACUAACUUAAAAUGGCAAUAUUAUUAGAAUGACUAUAAUUAUAUUUAGGAAAAAAAACACCCUGAUUUAGUUUAUCAGUUCCUCAAAAAAUAGUGCACGGAUUGCCUGUAUCAGAGUUAUCCAAAUUUUUGUUAAAAAUAGAUUCCUGUAACACCCAAGAUGUGUUGAAUCAGAAUCCAUGAAACCCACUUGAGAAUUUUCUUUUUUAACAAUCUCCUGGGAUGAGUCUUAAAUACAGCAAAGUUUGAGCAUCACUUAUGUGUGUGUGAUUUUUUUUUAAAUCCUGUUUGGUUAUAGGUGAUAAUAAAGCCUGCUCCUUUCAUUCUGUCCCUUUGUUGAAAAGUUAAAGACUCUCAGCUCAGAGAGGGGUUGGAGGGUGUUGGUACCAAAGUCUUCCAUGAGAUUGUGACGAGUGCUGAAGCAGAAACUUGGCGUCUGAGGUCUGCCAACUGCACGAAGUAGAGCUGAAAUGAUGAAGUGAGUUAUGGGGACAGCGCUGGGCACUGCCCAAACUGUUUGAAAGCUUUCAGGAUGAAAUGGGGAAAUGGAAACUUUCUUCUUUUGAAGCAAAAAAGACAAAUGUGGACUGAAUGCAAUUUUGGCAACUCAACGUCACUGAACAAAGUGAAGACAGGAUGAGUUUCUCCAAUAAAAACAAAAAGCCAUUUUCAAAUUGACCUAAGAUGAUUGAAAAUGGAAAAUAUUUGCUAUUUGGGUUAUUAGUUUGAAAGCCAGCGCCCCAGGAAAUAUUUUGCAAUUUAACUUAAAUGGUAAGAAUGUAUGUUUUCUUGGACUUCAUUAAAGAAUUUGUCUCUCCUUGCCUUUCUCUUAGGUUAAACCAUAUGACAUUGCCAAUAUUUGACCAUCUCUUACAUACAGACCCAGCCUCUUCAUAUGAGUCCACUAAUAGUCCCACUGCUACCUACCCAAUUCUAGCCACAUUAGCAUUCACCUAGACUAUUAGAAAUAGCCUCUAAAAAGAAGCCCUAUCCCUCAUCAUUCUUCCCCUUUUUUCUCUCUUUUUUUCUUUUUCAGUUUUUAAUUGUGGUAAAAUACGCAUAACAUAAAUUUACCAUCUCAACCAUUUUUAAGUGGCAUUAAGUACAUUCACAUUGUUAUGCAACCAUCACCACCAUCCAUCUGCAGCACUCUUUUCAUCUUGCAAAAUUGAAACUCCAUACCCAUUAAAUAAUAACUCCUCUCUCCUCUUCCCCCAGCACCUGGUAGCCACCAUUCUACUCUCGGUCUCUAUGUAUUUGGCUACUCUAAGUACCUCAUAUAAGUGGAAUCAUACAGUAUUUAUCCUGUGUGUGUGUGUGUGUAAUCUUGGCCCUGAGCUAACAUCUGUGCCAGUCCUCCUCCAUUUUUCCUAUGUGGGACACCGCCGCAGCAUGGCUUGACGAGCGGUUCAUAGGUCCGCACCCAGGAACCAGGCCCACAAACCGUGGGCCACCAAAGCAGAGCAUACAAACUGAAUCACUAUGCUAUUGAGCUGGCCCCAGUAUUUGUCCUUUUGUGACUGCUUAUUUCACUUAGUAUAAUGACAUCAAGGUUCAUCCAUGUUGUAGAUGUCUCAGAUUUUCUUCUUUUCUGAGGCUGAAUAAUAUUCUGUUGUACAUAUAACUCCUCCCUUUAAUUCACUCUACACACUUUGAAAAUAAACUUCCUACAGCAUCAUUCUGCUCCCAGCUUCUCAUUACCUGGCUUCAGGGCCCCCAACAAUAUAACCCUUACCCAAUAUCUCUAAAUAACUGCAUCAAACUCAUUAUUAUCCAGCCAAAUUGAGCUAUCACAUUCUUUGAAAACAUCCUUGCUUUUCUCAUAUUUUGUUUCUUAUAUUCACACUAUUUGAAAUGUCCAUUUCUCCUCUCUCUUUUACAACCUCUUCAUGUGGCCCCUCCAACAUGAUGCGCAUUCCCAUCCCCUUACUCUCACCACAUCCGCUUCUCCCCUUCCCCCCACCAUCCCUCACUCAGCUUGCUUCACCCACUCUGCCUGGGGAAUCUCUUCCAUUCUCCUUGCUUUAACUCCACCCAUAAGCUGACGAUUUCCAAAUCUCUUUCUGCAGCCCACACAUCCGUCUUGGACUUUGACUCAGAUUUCCUACUUCCUGCUGGACCUCUUCACUUGAAUGUCUCAUUGGCACUUCCAACUCAACACGACUAAAGUUGAACUCAUCAUCUGACCUCUAAACCUGCUUUCUCCUUAUUUGAUGGCAUCACUGCCCAUCUCCUCUGUCUCCCAUGUCAGGAACUGAGGAGUCAAGCCAGACUUCUCCCUGUGCUGGAUCCCCACAGCCAUAGGAAAGACCACUAACUUCACCACCUACACUUUUCUCAAGCUUCUCCUCUCUUCACAUCUAUUCUGCUACUCUCCUAGUUCAAACCCUCACCCUCCCUUGCCUGCAACACUACAAUCCAUACUUUCUAACUGUGCUCCCACUCUUGUUCCCCUCAGUGCCAUCCUCCAUACUGUUGCCACUGUGAUUACUCUACAAUUUAAACCCAAGCCUGGCAUUUCUCCACUUAAAGCUCCUUAGUGGCUCCAAUCAUCCAAUUCUGUUUCCUAACACAGAAUCCACUCUACACACCUACAUGCUUUGAAAAUAAACUUCUUUCAGCAUCAUUCAUGCCAUGUCCUCCAUAAUCCCAAUCCUUCUCCAAUCAUGUUUUCUGCCAAUUCCUGCCUCCCUGUUUACUAUCCAACAAGCUAGAAUGGCCAUGAUCCCCUGACAUUGGGUGGUUUCCUGCCUCCUGGGCCUUUAUUCAUGCUGUCCCCUCUGCUGGAGCACCCAGUGACCCCUCAUUCACCUUCCCAAUACCUACUAAUCCCUCAACUCAGCUCAGGGAGGUGCUCCUCACCUCUACCUUGGGUCCAAUGAGAUGCCCUGCUCUGAGCACCCGUGUGUUACUGGCAAGCAAUAUACUGUGGUGGUUAAGAGCCUGGGCUUAUCAUCAAUAAGAACUGGGUUUGAAUUUUAUAUCUUUAGCUUUCAAACUUGGCAAUCUCUUCAAUUUAUUUAUUUUCUCUCAGUGCUAGUUUUCUCAUCUCAGAAAUGAGGAUAGCAAAACCUACCUUGUAAGGUUAUUGUGAGAAUUAAAUGGGAAGAUGUGUGUAAAGUGUUUAAGUGCUCAAUAAAUUAUGACUGUUGUUAUUAUCCCAUUAGAG